UAUUAUAUUUGGGUUAGUUCUUUGGGUUAAAUACACACGGUGUGAACAUAAAAUAUUUGGGAAACGAGAUGCCCGGCAGAAUGUCUGGAAGAGUGUCGUGUGGUCGCGAUUUUAAUUGCGUUCCAGACUGCAGCAGAGCGCUUGAUACAGCUUGCAAAGCUGGGUUUGACUAUGUGUGCCUGCCCAUUGUGAACCCUCGCUUCCGACGUGAGAAGAUACAGGGCCCAGCAUGUUCACGACCAGGUGCCCUUACAAGGUCGGAUCUGUGCAUGACCAGCAGCGAUUGGGGUAGUCUUGUUGUUGGGAAGACAUCACCAUGGUUAGAACUGGACUCCAAAGUGGAGCACAUACGCAAGAACUCAGAAUUGGCAUUGAAGGAGGAGCUGACAUAUGCGUCCCAUCUGGGCCUGCCAGCCAUCCUGAUCCCUCUGAAGACUGGACAAAUUGUCAACCUGGCACGCACCAUUAAUGAACAUCUGCAGGGGGGAUUCUUUCAACAGCAAUUCUGGAUCCAGGUGCCGACACUUUCUGCUGUGGACAGUGUGGAUGACAUUAUAGAGGGAGAGGAACAUUGCGAGGAGAGACAGCCAACUGAAGACACUUGGGAAUGGUGGAACACUUUCCGCACAAUGUGUGACUCCAGUAAGCGUGUGAGUGUUGCCCUGGAGCUGUCUGAGGACCUGCCUCCCUACCCCGUCUUGCAGCGCUGGCUGGCAGAGCCAAUCAAGGCAGUCGUGGUCUCCACUGGACUCUUCCUUACCAACAAGAAGGGCUAUCCAGUCCUCUCAAGGUCACACCAGGGAUUCCUCAGGAGCCUCUUCAAGUUGGACGUUCAGCUGAUCCUGACUGGGGCUGACAGACACCCAGAGAAGGGAGUGCACUCUUAUCAGCAGUAUCUGGACCAUCUCUGGCAGUCUCGCAGCCAGACUCGUCACGAAUCACAUGAAGAGUACAUGGACACACUUUGGACCUCACGGGCGACGCAGCCUACGCCUGACACCGUGACCCAGUUUGCGAAGGGCUACGAGGACUACCUACAGUGUCCCCUUCAGCCCCUGAUGGACAACCUUGAGUCACAGACGUACGAGAUAUUUGAGAAGGACCCCAUCAAGUACUCGCAGUACCAAAAGGCUAUUUACUAUGCAUUGUUGGAUAAAAUCAAACCAGAAGAAAAAGAGACUAAAUCUGUGGUGCUGAUGGUUGUGGGUGCAGGGCGUGGUCCACUGGUUAGAGCCUCCCUGGCUGCAGCCAAGCAGGCAGACCGAAUCAUCAGCAAGGUGUAUGCAGUGGAGAAGAACCCCAACGCAGUCGUCACGUUAGAGAACCUAAAGGAGGAGCUAUGGGGGGACAAGGUGGACGUAGUGUCAUGUGACAUGAGGCACUGGGAGGCGCCGAUCAGAGCUGACAUCCUGGUCAGUGAACUGCUGGGGUCGUUUGGGGACAACGAGCUCUCGCCCGAGUGCCUUGACGGGGCCCAGAGGUUUCUGAAAGAUGACGGUAUCAGUAUCCCGUGUGAGUACACCUCCUAUCUGGCCCCCCUUCAGUCCUCCAAGCUCUACAAUGAAGUGAGGGCCUCCAAGGACAGGGACAAGCCUGCAGAGUCCAACUUUGAGAUGCCAUAUGUGGUUCGUCUCCACAACUGUCAGAUACUGGCUCCACCUCAACCUGUAUUUAAGUUCCACCACCCUAACAAAGCGGAGGUGAUAGACAACAGCAGGUUCAAGAGUCUGGAGUACCAUGUGGAGAACACAGCGGUGCUGCAUGGCUUUGCAGGCUACUUUGAUACCAUGCUUUACAAGGAUGUCUACCUCAGUAUCCUCCCAGAGACCCACUCACCAGGCAUGUUCAGCUGGUUCCCUAUACUCUUCCCAGUGAAAUCCCCUGUGUACCUGAGAGGAGGGGAUCGUGUGGUGGUGGAUUUCUGGCGACAGGUCAGCGCCAAGAAUGUCUGGUACGAGUGGUGUGUACGGGAGCCCUAUGUGCAACCCAUACAGAACCCCAAGGGACGCUCCUACACCAUUGGGCUCUAACCAGAUGUUAACUGUUGACAUUCAUUGAAGAAGAAAAAAAAACCUUUUGUUUUCAUUUGUUUGUGUUGAAUUUAUAUUUGCAGCCCAUACAGACACCCCAAGGGACGCUCCUACACCAUAGGGCUUUAACCGGAUCUGAACUGUUGACAUUCAUUUUUAAAAAUAAAACAUUCUUCUUUUUUUUUCA